CCUUGUUGACCGCCGCCGCCGCUGCCACCGUAGUGGUACAGCCGUCGACGUCGCGUUGCGUGCGCGAAGGAUUCACUCGCUCGCCCACUACACCGAGAGCGUGUCGUUUUGUUUUGUUCGUUAUUUUUUUCGCCUGGUCUUCUUUCCUCAUCUGACGCCUGCCCCGCUCCUCUGGCUGCUCGGUUCCCCUACGCGGAACUUUUUUUAUUAUCGUACUCGGCCGUCCUGCCUUGACGGCCCGGAUGACAUCGGCUCUGCUAUACACGAACGUAUAGUGCGCGUACCCAAGAGGAAAAACUCGCCCGGCUUUCGAGUGAAGGACUAAGCUUUCGCCGAGAGCGGUUACAAGCAAACGUGUUCGAGGGAGGUCUUCGUCCUUCGUUCCUGGCUGGUCACUGGAGGCGUCGACGCCGUAAUCGUGUCAAGCUCGUUCAGAGCCGUUCCACGUUCUUCGGAGAGUACAAGUGACUUCACUGCGGCCGACGGUUUAAGAAGUUGCCGGUCUUUCAAAUCUACCCCCGGUCUUCAACGGGACAAGAUGCAGUCUACCACUCUUCGCAAAGCAGCGGUCGUCGCCGUCUUCGGCUCCUGCCUCGUCUUCCAUUGCCUAGCCGGCCCUGCCAAUAGGCAACCCAACAACCUCGUUGAUGGCGGAGCGCCGGGUCCCGGCGACAUCGUGCCCGAAGGCGUGGCGAAGGCCAGCAACGACUUCGGCCUGGCCCUGUACCGGGCGUACGCCAACGCCAGCGCGACUGGGAACCUCUUCUUCUCCCCGUGGAGUCUGAGUCGCGUGCUCGCCAUGGUUCUGCUGGGGGCUCGCAACGAGACGGCCGCCGAGCUGUCCCGGGCCCUGGCCGUGGAUCGCUUCGAGGACCCGGCGGCGGCCUUCGCGGCGCAGCGCCAGCUCGCCAAGCACCUACUGACCAGCUCGAGCGAGCUGGCCUCGACCAGCAUAGCGCUCACGCGGGCGGGAGACCCCGUGUCUCCGGAGUACCGGGCCAACCUGGACCAGUACUUGGACGACGGCGGUGUCAUGGAGGUGGACUUCUCGCGCUCGGAGGAUCUGCUCAGCAAAGUCAACGGCGAAGUGUCUCGGCUCACUGGAGGUCGCAUCAAGGACGCCUUGCGAAGGUCCCCGGACCCUCUGAGCAAGCUGCUUCUGCUCAACGCCGUCCACUUCCGCGGCGUCUGGGAAAAGGCGUUCAACCCUAACGACUCCUUCGACGGCAUCUUCCGCGGCGCCACGCGCAACACCCCCGUGCGCAUGAUGAGCGGCAAGGGCAAGUUCCCUCUGGCGUACGAGGGCAACGCGUACGUCCUCGAGCUCCCUUACACGGGCGAGAGCAGCCUCGUGCUCGCCCUGCCCAGACGUCGCACCCAGAAGGACCUGAGCGACAUCGAGUCUCGGCUCGAAGACAUCCUAGUGUCGGCCAGGCCCGAGCUGCGCUCCAUCGAGGUCGAGUUGCCCAAGCUGACGGUGCGCAGCAGCCUGGACCUCAAGGAGCCCCUGAAGAAGUUGGGCGUCAAGGCGCUCUUUUCGGAGCACCACGCCGACCUGAGUGGCAUGCAGGCCGAGGGAGGCCUGUACGUCGAGGACGUGCACCACGGCGCGGCGCUUGAGCUUGACGAGAAGGGCACGGUGGCGAGCGCCUCGACGGUGGCCAUCAUCGUGAGCCGCAUCGGCACGCCCCGCUUUUCAGCCGACCGACCCUUCGUGUUCGCCAUCAAGCACAGGCCGACAGGCCUCCUGCUGUUCGUCGGUCGCGUCACUGACCUCUGAGAAGACCCAAGACUGGCUUAUUCGCAGUCCGAGAGUGUGUAUAAUGUUACGCGCUGGUGAUAAGCAAAGUGCAGGCCCACUGACGGGUGACGCCUCAGUGCUGCUGCUCGAAGAGAGUAUCGUGCUGUAUGCGCGUACCACGAGGCUGCGCCGGGUGUACUUAGCAGGGUACCCCUCAUAAAGUAUUUGCGAUCUAUAUUGACUGAGAAAGAUAUGUGGCCGAUGGACGUAUAUUGUGACCUUUCGAACAGUGGGAGCAAAGGCCGAAGCUCAAAGUUGUCGAGGGUUCCUUCAGAAGGUUGAAAGUCUCGUUACGCUAUACGUUACUGCUGCGCUCGGAAACGGACUAACCGUUAGCUGCUUGUUGAAUCUACUUCAAGUUUUACCGUCGACCAUAAAUCUGUCAGUGCCAGCAAGGCUGGGGGCAGGUUAAGAGGAAUGUUGUUCACGCUGCUAGCAAUCCGACAAAUCCUCUUUAAAACCGAUUCGCAAAAUCUUCAAUUUGUGAAUCUUCUUCACUAUCAAUAGACGGUAUAAUCUUGAAUGAAAAAAAAUGCCAGGUGGCUCUAAAGAAGUAGCUGACGAGGCAUCACGGGCCGAGAAAAUCUAGUGCUUGUGUAUCAGUUAGCGGUCUUCGUUGAAAAAUUGUUUCAUAUGAACGCAGUUAGCCAGCUAGAACACAGAAAUGAUCGAUAAGAUGGGGUUGUAGUUGGUCUUAUGAAGGCAUAAGAUUGAUCGACUAGUAGCAUGUUGAAAUGAACAGAACACGAUAAGCAGGAGGUAGAGGAAAGGAGGCUGUAAAAAGGAAAGGUGUCGUUAACAGAGCUUCUUUUCCCAUCGGUGUCUGAGGUGGGGACAGUGCUGGACACGCCUGCCAAUAAAAUUACUUUUUAUGUCUAUGUUUUGUAGCGCUGUGACGAAAGCGGCUGUGCCGCUAUUUAGCUGUAAAUACGCGUGUAAUGUAACUGCAAUAAAAUAUGUGGAUAACUGUCUGUACAUUUUAAAGUGCGAUGCAAUAUUUCACAACUAAAGUUGAUACAGGUGUGUUUCGCAUCGCUGCUAGUUUACGUCGAGCGCCGUCCCUUUCUGGAGAAAUGAUAAAUGUUACAAGUCUACGUAGAAACUUACUACCUUUGCAUAUGUCUUUAAAGGACAUAUAUUUGUACUUCGCAUACCCAUGUACUUUGCCAAAGAUCUUUAUAUGUGUGCAACUAUUACGCAAGAAAUUAUCGUGAGUCUGAAGAUGAAAGUUUUUAUGUUAAGGUAUGAUCAGAGUGUCUGCUGCGUAUGAUGAUGUUAAACGUAUCUUGCCACGUGAUUUCGCUUUUAAAUGUUAUGGUGACGUCUUGUGUGUAAACGUGUCCGUAAGAAAACUGUUGCAAUAAGUAGUUUAGUUAAGUGCUUGUGAACCUACUCCACGUUCUGUAGGUAUACGUUGCCGACACUUGUGUUGUUCGUGUUGAGUAUUUGUGAAUGUUUGCGCGAACAACAUCGUGAACAACAUUGGCGAUUGCUUCAGAAAUCAAAGCCGAGAAAAGAAUCAAAACAAAAGUUUUCAUAUUCGCCUAAUAUCCACCUUAAGUAUCCACAUUCGCUUAAUAACCCCAAUCCAGCCUUCACCAUUGUCGUGUUCCUUUAGCGUCGACAAUUAGCCGUUCCGUGGACACUUGCGUGCCUUCAUGUUGUUUGUGCUUGUUUCACAAUAAAAGAUGUUGU